UUGAAAUCACGUGACUACAUUUUACCUUUAAAUUGUGUGUACCUUCAGUCCUCUAAAAUGCAAUGAUGUGGGUAGAAUAUGAAAGAAGUUUCAGUGAUUUCUUUUUCCUUUUUGUGCACUAAGCAAGCCUGAGAGCUCUCAGUGAGAGAGAGACACUUGGUCUAUGAUAUAUUUUGCUGUAAAAAAGAUCCCAGAAGGAUGACCCCACUCAAUACCACUCUAUUUCAUCCCUAUUCUUUCAUCCUCCUGGGGAUCCCUGGGCUGGAAAAUGUACAUAACUGGAUUGGCUUCCCUUUCUGUGCUGCAUACCUGACAGCUGUUCUUGGGAAUAUCUGCAUCCUUUUUGUGAUUCAGACUGAAAGUAGCCUCCAUCAGCCCAUGUUCUACUUCUUGGCCAUUCUGGCAUCUAUUGAUCUGGGACUAUCCACAUCCACUAUUCCCAAGAUGCUUAGCAUCUUCUGGCACAACCUGAGAGAUAUCUCCUUUGAGGGAUGCCUCAUCCAGAUGUUCUUCAUCCACCUAUGCACCGGCAUGGAGUCAGCUGUGCUUGUGGCCAUGGCGUAUGAUCGCUAUGUGGCCAUCUGUAACCCUCUUCGCUACACACUGGUGCUAACAAACAAGGUGGUGUUCAUCAUUGCAUUGGUAAUCCUACUAAGACCUUUGUCUUUUGCCAUACCUUUUGUUCAACUCAUCUUACAGUUACCAUUUUGUGGACACCAAAUUAUCCCUCAUACUUACUGUGAGCACAUGGGCAUAGCCCGCCUGUCCUGUGCCAGCAUCAAGGUCAACAUCAUCUAUGGCUUAUGUGCCAUUUCUAUCCUGGUGUUUGACAUCAUAGCCAUUGUCAUCUCCUAUGUCCAGAUCCUUCAUGCUGUUUUUCGACUCCCUUCCCAUGAUGCGUGGCUUAAAGCACUCAGCACCUGUGGCUCUCAUGUGUGUGUCAUGUUGGCUUUCUACACACCUGCAUUUUUUUCAUUCAUGAUCCAUAGGUUUGGACAGAAUAUACCAAGGUACAUUCAUAUCCUUCUUGCUAAUUUCUAUGUGGUCAUUCCACCUGCUCUCAAUCCAGUAAUUUAUGGUGUCAGAACUAAACAGAUUAGAGAGCGGGUACUGAAAAUAUUUUCCAGAAAUAAAACAUAA